UGUUCAAGGUUCAGGAAGAUAACAAGAGGUGAGUGGCUGACGCAUACCUCGAGUUGUGUUACCAAAGACUCGGCUCAAAUUACCUUUGACAGCAGGUUGGGUGAAACUGCCGCUGUAUUCAGGUCGCUGUUGCUCAAACAACCAGGAACAGCAACUAAGAAAGGAGUACUAAAAGACUGAACAGUGCUUCCUGUUUUCAGAAGAGCGUUACCAUGGGUAAGAAGACACAACAGUACUUGCUGCUGUCGCUGUUUUUGUCAGGGCUGUUUCAAUGUUCAGCAGCGUUCAUAUUCUGGACGUCUGUGGUGGAAAUAAGCUAUUCAAACCUAGACUACAACAAGACUGUGGACGAGUACUGUGACUGUGGUGUGUACGGUCGUAACUCUCCUUUGGAAAGUGCCUCCGGCAUCGCUACACUUCCUGCCGGGGACCCCCGAGGCUGUAGCCUGGAUUCUUUCUACAACCGCAACUCCAGCUCACCACCCUGGAUAGCUCUGGUUAAAAGGGGCAACUGCACGUUCAGUGAGAAGUUCUUUGUCGCCAAACAACAUGGAGCAGCUGGUGUUGUGGUGUAUAAUUUAGAUGGAAGUGGAAACAGCACCUCUUCUAUGUCACAUCCAGAGGUCCCUGACAUUGUGGCUAUCAUGAUUGGCAACAUCCAGGGCAUGAAAAUUGUCAACCUGAUCAAGCGUGGUUUGGAUGUGCAGAUGCUGAUUGAAGUAGGCACUGCUCACGGGCCGUGGAUAGAUACAUACUGGCUGUAUUUUCUCUCCAUCGCUUUCUUCAUUGUGACAGUGGCAUCGAUUACCUACUUUGUGUUCAUCUCCGCGCAUCGUCUCCACGGCUUGCGCAUGCAGAGGCGCGCCAACAGACGGCUUAAAUCGGAGGCUAAGAAGGCGAUCAGUCAGCUACAAAUGCGCACACUGAAGCAAAGCGACAUGGAAAUCGACUCUGACUCUCACAUGUGUGCUGUGUGCAUCGAAUCCUACAAGGCAGGCGAUGUUAUGACCGUGCUAACGUGCAGCCACUUCUUCCAUAAGACCUGCAUCGAGCCCUGGCUGCUGGAGAGGAGGACCUGCCCCAUGUGCAAGUGUGACAUCCUGAAGUCUUUGGGGGUAGAAGAGGAGAGCAAAGAGAACACUACUUUCUCAUCACCACCAGAUGUCACUGUGAUCACGGUUGCAGCCAGCGAUGCCAUUUAUGAAGUCCCCUUGACUGACACAUCAAACCUUGACCCAGAGCAUCACUAUGACAACAGGGCCUUCGAGGGAGAAGCCGAGGCUGUUCGAUUAUGAACAACGGUGACCAUGACAAACCGUUGUCGACCCAGAGUCCCUGAGUGAAACAACUGGACUUGUUUUUCUGGGAUAUAAUGAAACACAAGAGUCAAAUUGUGAUGAAAGAAAAUCAUUGCAGUCAUGAUGAAAUGAAAUAUCAAAAAUGAUCUGAAUGUCAAAUGGACCCAGGGUGAAUAGCUUGCAUGCAUUAUAUUUUUUGUCGUGGGCCUGUCUUUGCAGUAAUUAGAGGGUGUGUUAGUGUGAGGUCGCGAGAAUACACUCUGAACCUGUUUUGCAUAGAGUGCACAUUUAAGCCUCCACUAGUUAGGGAGGCACAGCACCAGAACACUUAAACAUCUGUUUGAAACGGCUUUCAAAAUAGCCAGUAGCGUUCAAAAUCGCUUGUAUAUUGCAACUUAGUUUUACAUGAAGAACAGAAAUUUCAUUAAAUUCACAGCACAAGAAUUGGGCCAAAGGAUUUUGCCGUGUCUUUAUGACAAUGCAGUUUAUUGUUUGAGCUUUCCAGCCUGUAACGAUUGAACAUGCCCUUAUUGAACACGCCCUGUACUGGAAAUGUGGCAUGAUGCACAUAGCACUGGGAUGAGUGUUCAACAUAGUCAGAGAUACUAUUUGUAGUUAAAUUUCUAGUCAAAUGUAAAAAUACCUACUUAUAUAUAUAUAUAUAGUUGAAAUAGAUCAGAUAAAUGAACAUAUAAUUUAAAUGACAUUUGUUUUAAUGCUUUAUAUUAUUAUUAUUAUUAUUAUUAUUAUUAUUAUUAUUAUUAUUAUUAUUAUUAUUAUUAUUAUAUUUUACUUUAUUUUAGGUUACAUUCACUUUACAUGAAAUCAUAUUUUAGAAAGCCCAUCAUGCCCGCUUCAGUGAUGGACAAAGUUCUGCGGAACAAAAUGUGAAUUCUAUAUCUGUUGUCGGAGCUGUAAAUUAUGCAUCUGGAGCGUUGGAUUGCAGAAAAUGAUCCUCAUCACUGUUAUCAUUAUUAUGUGUACUGGUUCAGGAAAAAAGGUUAAGUGAUCUGUCCUGAAUAAGGCAAUACAUUCCUUUUUCUAAACAGAAUGUUACUGUGUAAAUGGCACAAAUUGUUAAUUUCGAGCAAGUCUUCCACACAUUUUGUUUUUUUCUUGGGAUUAUUUUCAUCCAAUCUGUCAGGAAAGCCUCUGUACUCCCACAUGGGUACAUAUUGUUCAUACAGUGUGAUCCUCUGUAAAUUAGAGGGCAACAGAUUAGUUUUAUUUCUUUGUUUGGUGGUGGGGAUUGUGGUACUUCAUGUAUAUUUUCUAUACAAUUUUACAGAUUGCAGGAUUAAGUUGUUCUGUAAAACAUAAUACUACUUGCUGUAUUAAAUCACAUUGAUGCUUAGAAUGCAAUAAAUUCCUCAAAAUGAGGCCAACUUUA